AGUCCCCGCGCAAGCCGUCACGCGAUGGCCUUUGGCUCCUGCCUGUUGCUGAUGUUGCGGCGGGGUUUUCAUCAUGGAGCUCUCGCGGCGGAUCUGUCUCGUGCGACUGUGGCUGCUGCUCCUAUCGUUCUUACUGGGCUUCAGCGCGGGAUCUGCCAUCGACUGGCGGGAACCCGAAGGCAAGGAAGUAUGGGAUUAUGUGACUGUCCGAAAGGAUGCCCACAUGUUCUGGUGGCUCUAUUAUGCCACCAACCCUUGCAAGAACUUUUCAGAGCUGCCCCUGGUCAUGUGGCUUCAGGGUGGUCCGGGUGGUUCUAGCACUGGAUUUGGAAACUUUGAAGAAAUCGGCCCUCUUGACACCCAACUCAAGCCUCGAAAUACUACCUGGCUGCAGUGGGCCAGUCUCCUGUUUGUGGAUAAUCCCGUGGGCACGGGCUUCAGCUAUGUCAACACAACAGAUGCCUACGCAAAGGACCUGGACACGGUGGCUUCCGACAUGAUGGUUCUCCUGAAAUCCUUCUUUGAUUGCCAUAAAGAAUUCCAGACGGUUCCAUUCUACAUUUUCUCAGAAUCCUACGGAGGAAAGAUGGCUGCUGGCAUCAGUGUAGAACUUUACAAGGCUGUUCAGCAAGGGACCAUUAAGUGCAACUUUUCUGGGGUUGCUUUGGGUGACUCCUGGAUCUCCCCCGUGGAUUCAGUGCUGUCCUGGGGACCUUACCUGUAUAGUAUGUCUCUCCUUGAUAAUCAAGGCUUGGCCGAGGUGUCCGACAUUGCAGAGCAAGUCCUUGAUGCUGUAAACAAGGGCUUCUACAAGGAGGCCACUCAGCUGUGGGGGAAAGCAGAAAUGAUCAUUGAAAAGAACACCGACGGGGUAAACUUCUAUAACAUCUUAACUAAAAGCAGCCCGGAGAAAGCUAUGGAAUCGAGCCUCGAGUUCCUCCGGAGCCCCUUAGUUCGUCUCUGUCAGCGCCAUGUGAGACACCUGCAAGGAGACGCCUUAAGUCAACUCAUGAACGGCCCCAUCAAAAAGAAGCUCAAAAUUAUCCCUGAGGAUAUCUCCUGGGGAGCCCAGGCAUCUUAUGUCUUCCUAAGCAUGGAAGGGGACUUCAUGAAGCCUGCCAUCGACGUUGUGGAUAAGUUGCUGGCAGCUGGGGUCAAUGUGACCGUGUACAACGGACAGCUGGAUCUCAUUGUGGACACCAUAGGUCAGGAGUCCUGGGUUCAGAAGCUCAAGUGGCCACAGCUGUCCAAAUUCAAUCAGCUAAAAUGGAAGGCCCUGUACACCGAUCCUAAGUCUUCAGAAACAGCUGCGUUCGUCAAGUCCUAUGAGAACCUAGCCUUCUACUGGAUCCUAAAGGCCGGUCACAUGGUUCCUUCUGACCAAGGGGAGAUGGCCCUGAAGAUGAUGAAGCUGGUGACCAAGCAGGAGUAGCUGAGCUGGCUGGCCCUGGAGGCGCUAAGAGCAGAGCCCAGGAUGCAGGUGCUAAUGUCUAUCCCUGGUGCUCUUCUCCCCUGCUCUGCCAUGGGAUAUGACUCUGGGAGCACCUGCUCUCUCCCGUACCGAAAGACUGUGGCCUUCUGUGUCUACUUAGAAAUCAGUUCUGCUUCCCAAAGAGUAUUUAAAACCAGACUCAUUUAAUCAAAGUGAAGGGUUGCAAUCGAUUGGUCUCUUACUACAAAAGCAGUUGAUAGCACAUGUAAAUCCAAGCACUUGAGAGGUAGAAGAAGCAAGAGGAUGGAUGAGAGGUUCAAACGCAUCCGCAGCUACAUCGAAAGUUCAAAAGCAGCCUAUGCCAAACAGGGAGAGUCCCUGUCCCCCACCCCCACCCCCAAAAAAGAGCAAAAGCAAACCACAUGAUUUAUAGACAAAAGCAGUGGGAGAGACAAAGAAAAUACUUAAACACCCACUGAGCUGCCAACUAGGUGUCUCUGACUACGGGUCUUUUAUUUGCUACAUAUAUAUUUUUACAAAAAUGAAAUCCAUAUUGUACGCUAUUUUGCUGUCUGCUUCGUUCCCAUGUCGACAUGACCCGCACUUCUUUUCCCAUCAAUAAAUGUGUUGUGAUAUUUUUAA